CUGACCGCGGCGCGGGGGCGAUUAGAGAUGACGUCAGGCCGCUAAACAGCGCGGUGUUGUCAGCUGUGCUGGGGAAAAACGACGGAAAAGAAACAGUCUUGUGUGUUCUUGGCUCUAAACGUUUUCAAACACUUCGCUCUGGUCACCGAAAAGAUGCAAGCGGUCGUUCCGUAAACCAGAGCCUCGCCGAAACCGACGCCGGGAUAACGGAACCUGCUCAGGUGGCAGCAGGUGACGGCACCAUGAACGUGGGUACGGCACACAGCGAGGUGAACCCCAACACGCGCGUGAUGAACAGCCGCGGCAUGUGGCUGUCGUACAUCCUGGGCAUCGGCCUGUUGCACGUCAUCCUGCUCAGCAUCCCUUUCGCCAGCGUGCCCGUGGUGUGGACCCUCACCAAUCUGAUUCACAACCUGUGCAUGUACCUACUCCUGCACACCGUCAAAGGGACGCCCUUCGAGACCCCCGACCAGGGCAAGGCCCGCCUGCUCACGCACUGGGAGCAGAUGGACUACGGCGUGCAGUUCACCGCCUCGCGCAAGUUCCUCACCAUCACCCCCAUCGUCCUGUGGCCAAGGGCGGACAGCAGCGCAAUGGCCAGUCUGUUGAUGCAAACUGUGAUCACAUCUUUUUCAUUCCCUUCCAUGACAUCAUCACUCCAUGUUUUUGUACAUCCUCACCAGCUUUUACACCAAAUACGACCGCGUGCACUUUGUGGUCAACACGGUGUCGCUGCUCACCGUGCUCAUUCCCAAGCUGCCGCAACUGCACGGCGUCCGCCUCUUCGGGAUCAAUAAGUACUGAUCGGGUUGGGGCCACAGAAGAGACGCCUCCACAGUGGACAACGCGUGGCUAUGUUUUUUGACUUUAAGACUGAAAAGCGUUCAGAUGGGAUUAGAUGCUAGUUAGUGUUCGGGGGGGGGGGUUCCACGUCUCAGCAUGAUCAGUGUGUGGGUCCGCAGCCACGGCCGCUUUUGUAGCAUUUCAUGUUGAUACUUCAUAUUUAUUAUUCUUGUUCUUGUUUAUUCCGGCGUAUCCGCUGUCGCCAUUUAAAGGGCUGAAAUGGUUUGAUUUUAAGGGAAGUUGUUAACUAGUUGUCUUGUGAUCUUGUAUAUAUAAACAAAUAUAUAUAUCUACAGUAUUUUUCAAACUCA